AUGUUCCGCCGCCGCUUCUACGACCGCGACUCGGACAGCUCGAACAGCGACGAGGACGACGGCGACGAGCCCGUCGGCGGCAGCUCGCGGGACCGCAUGGAGGAGUGGUGCCAGGGCGAGGAGGCGGUCUGGCUCUGCCGCAUCCCGACGCUCGCCGCGGCGGGCGAGCCGGACGCGCUGGACCACCUGACGCGGGCCCUCGCCGUCGCGAAGCCGCGCCUCGCGACGGCGCUCGCGGCGGCGACGGUCGACGCGGUGCUCCGCCAGCGCGAGCGCUACGCGCAUCUGCCGAUGCUCCGCCGGUUGUGCGUGUCCUUCAUCUACGUCGACACGGACGCCCAGGGCCACGUCGCCGACGCGGCGCCGUCGGCGGCCUUCGACUUCACGCGGGCCGCGCGCCAGUCCGUCUUCCUGCCCGGGGGCGGGCCGCCCGGCGGCGGCCGGGGCCCGUCGCUCCAGGGCCGCAUGGCCGCGGGGUCGCGCCUCGCGGAGUUCAUGCGCCACACGCCCUGCUUCGACACGGUCUUCAACCUGCAGAGCGAGGUGUCGGAGCUCGCGCGGCGGCGCAUCGCCGUCGAGCAGAUGGAGGACAUGCGGAACCGGAGCCGGAAGCUGCGCGCGGACGGCGCGAUGGCGCUGCUCCACGUCCGCGACCAGGGCCUGCGGACGUUGGUUUUUUACUGCUGGCGCGCGCUGCGCGAGCUCUGCGAGGCCCAGCGCGCGGCGACGAUGCGCACCCACUUCUGCAAGGUCGCGAAGAAGGCGCGCGGCGCGGGCUUCGUGCUCGCCGCGCUCGGCGGCGGCGGCGACGGGACCUCGGCCGCGCUCGCCGUCGCGCGCGAGACCAUCGCCAGGGCCGCCUUCGAGCACUGGCACAUCGAGGCCUGCGCGAGCCGGCGCCUGCGGGACGCGGGCGAGACGAAGCACGACGAGGCGCUCGUCCGCGCGCGCGGCGCGGAGCUCGAGGCGCUGACGGCGAAGCGCGCGGCGUGCAGGGCGUCCGUCGACGAGGAGAAGGCCGCGCUCGCGGAGACGCGGCGGCGCGUCGCCGAGUGCCGGCGCCUGCUCCAGAGCGGCCGCUUCGAGCGCCACUGCGGCCUCAACGGCGCGCUGUCCGCCGCGACGAAGAACGCGGGCGACGAGAUCGUCCGGAGGAUCCGCGGCGCGCUCGCGGACGCCUUCGAGGCGCCCUGCGCCCACGCCAUCGCCUGCCUGGCCAUGGAGCCCUCGGAGCUCGCGGAGCUCGGCGUCGUGGCGGACGCGGACGCGCUCGCGCUCGAGCGGAGCCGCGAGAUCGCGCGGUUGAAGGCCGACGCGCGCGAGGACGCGGAACAGCGGCUCCACGCGCUCAAGAGCGCGCAGCUCGCGGCGAAGCUCGAGGCGCUGCCCGGCGGCUGGGAGGGCGGCGGCGAGGGCGCCGUGCCGCGCCAGGUGCUCCAGCUCCAGGAGGAGUUCGACCGGUGGGCCGAGAAGCGGCGGGGCAAGGUCGCGCUGCGCCUCGCGGGCGACCACGAGCGCGCGCGCACGGCCGCGCGGCGCCAGCGGCGCCUGCGCCUCGACCAGAUCGCGCGGCGCGACGCGGCCGUCGAGCCCGACGCCGCGGAGCAGCUCCUGGGCUGGGCGCCGGACCUGCUCGUGCUGCGCUGGGCGUCCUUCGUGCUCCGGCGGGGCCCCCACCUCGCGCAGCGGCGGCUGCGCAACUUCGGCGAGGACCUGCGGGACGGGACGAUCCUCAGCCUGCUGCUCGCGUGCGUCGCGCCCGCGGAGCUCUACGACGGCGCGCCGCGCGACUACCGCGACGACGCGUCCUUCCUCGACGACGUGCUGAGCGAGAGCGACGAGGAGAGGGAGCCGGGGGAGAAGAAGGUCGAGGCGCCCGCCGGCGGGAGCCGGCGCCAGCGCGCGGCGAUCCGCGUCGCCGCGGCGCCGCGGGGCCGCGGCGGCGGCGGCGGCGCGGGGUCGCCGCUCAAGACCGGCGCGCGCGCGAAGCAGCGCAAGCUCGCCCAGGCCGUGCGCAACGACAAGCGGCGCGUCAUGCUCGAGGACGAGAUCGACCCCAACGAGCGCCUCGACCACGUCUUCCGCACGCUCGGCGUCCUCGAGCCGCCCGCGACGGGCUUCGCGACGCCGAGCCUCGUGCAGGGCAGGACAAGAGUGAUUCAACGCCUCGUGCGCGCGGGCGACGCGUCCGUGGGCUGCGCCCUGCUGGCGCGGCUCAUGCUCACGCACCACGGCCUGGGGCCCGUGCGCGGGUCCGGGCCCUGGCGGCGGCGCCGCGCGGCGACGCGGCGGUGGCUCGAGCUCGCGGAGGACUGGGAGGCGGCGAGCGGCGAGGUCGCGUCGGUCCUCGAGGGCACGGCGGGCGAGGCGAAGUGGCGCGCCUGGCGCGGCAAGGACCUCGAGACGACGGACGACCCCGCGGCGGCCUUCGAGUCCGCGCUCGCGAAGCUCACGCGGACGUGCGCGGCCCUCAAAGACCUCGCCGGGGACGUCGACGUCGUCCGCGAGGACGCGGCGCGGGGCCGCGCGGCCUUCGCGCCGCUCCGCGCGAAGCUCACGGACCUGUCGUACGCGCUCUUCGGCCUCCGCGCGCGCCGGGAGCUGCUCCCGACGCCCAUCGACCCGCCGCCGUCGCUCCGCGACGCGCACAAGCACGCGGACAUGGACCAGAUGGUCGCCGGCGGCGGCGUCGACGGCCACAGCAAGCACGCGAACGAGCCGCGGACCGCGCCCGUCGCGAUCGCCGACGAGCGGCUCCGCGCGGAGUUCGCCGCGUUCACGACGUUCCGGGGCCGGCGGGGCGGCGCGGCGGUGGCCUACUGCGCGGCCCACGAGCUGGGCAUCCGCGAGGUGCCCCGCAAGGUCGAGGUCAUCCACGAGGACCACGUCGAGGCGGAGAAGGACGCGGCGGAGGCGCGCGCGUUGGUGUUGGGCCGCGGCGAGCUGAGCGACCGGGGCCGCCUCGAGGCGCUCAUCAAGCCCUACAGCUUCGACGACGUCGACGCCUGGGGCCGCGGCGCCGAGGCCGUGCUCCGCGACUACUUCGAGGACCUGCGGCGCGUCUUCCGGUUCUACGCGGCUUCCGGCGAGGCGGGGUCCGCGGACGAGAUGAGCGCCCACGAGUGGAUGGUCUUCCUCGGCGACUGCCGCAUCAUCGACAAGCGCCACACGUGGUGCUUCCGCCGCGGGUCGCCCGACGACGCGGACGAGUGCCGCGAGAAGUUCGCGCUCUUCCGCUUCACCAAGGACACCGCGCGGCGGGUCUUCGACAUGACGCUCGACGCCGAGGACGAGGCGCGGCGCCUCGCCGCCGAGGAGCGGAAGCGGGCCUACUACGAGGAGAGCCUCGAGGAGGUGCGGCGCGUCCAGGCGGAGAUCGACGACGCGGACCCGGAGCUCAAGAAGCUCAUGGAGAGCGAGCGGUCCCGGUCGCCGACGCGCAAGACGAAGCUCGCCGCCGCCGCCGCGGGCGGCGGGGCCCGCGCGACGACGCGGGGGAACCCGCGCGCGACGACGGUCGCGGCGCGCGCCGCGGACGACGACGACGACGACGAGGCCGACGGCGGCUGGGCGCUCGACGACGGCGAGCGCGAGCUCGGGCCCGGCGAGUGGGUCGAGGCGCUGUUGUACGUGGCCAUGCUCAAGCUGCGGCCCCCGGACGGCCGCGACGACCACCACGCGAUCCUCCCGCCGGACGAGUGCCUCCGGCGCCUGGUCGAGGACGUGAUCCUGCCGCGCGCGGCGCAGAGCAACCGCGACACGUUCCGCGGCGAGCUCGCCAUGGACGCGGUCCAGAAGGUCUUCCGCAAGCACCGCGUCGUCCUCGCGCGCAUCUUCCGCAUCUUCGCGACGGCGCCCGCCGUCGUCGAGGGCCACGUGCCGGGCCAGCCCGCGCUGUCCGGGCCGGGCUUCCUGCGCAUGAUGCGCGACGCGCGCGUCGUGACGACGCCCGCCGACGCGAAGCACGACUUCCCCGCGGGUAGCGCGCGCAAGGUCUUCCAGGACGUCCAGCUCGGCGAGGACUCCGCGGGGUCCACGGAGGUCGGCGGCGGCGGCGAGUCGAUGAUCUACCCCGAGUUCCUCGAGGCGCUGGGCGCCAUCGCCGUCUACAAGAACACGAACCCCUACAUCUCCCUCCAGGACAAGCUCGAGACCUUCCUCAGCCACGCGCAGACGGGCUUCGUCACGUGCCUCAACACGGCGAUCAAGAAGGACAAGCGCAAGCUCAAGCUCGCGACGUCCGCGGCGUCCGCGGCGAACAAGGCCUACGCGGCCCACGGCGGCCGCGCGGCCAUGGCCGUCAUCAAGCAGGAGAAGACGCCGCGGACGCCGGGCCGCGGCGCGCCGCUCCCGGCCGACGCGGGCCGCGCGACCGUCGCCGCGGCCAAGGCCGACGAGGGGUCCGUGACCAAGUCCGACGCCGACGACCGGCCCUGGGAGGACAUGGGCGACCGCGACCGCAUACGCUAG